AUGAAAGUAACCUGUGGAGUUCCUCAGGGAUCCGUAUUAGGACCUACUCUAUGGAACCUCUACUAUGACAUCAUCUUCAGUAUCCAAACCCCGGAUGGAGUCAGGCUAGUAGGCUUUGCCGAUGAUGGGGGAAUUGUAGUUACAGCCAAAACGAAGGGAAACCUGCAAAUGAUAGCAAAUCAGACUCUACAAAAUAUUGCAGAAUGGCUCCAUCAUAAGCGAUUGAGACUAGCCCCACAGAAAACAGAAGCAGUUCUCUUAGUAGCAGGAAGAAAAAUCAAGACCAUCAGCCUAGAAAUUGAGGAUACCGUGGUGGAGAGCCAGGAAAAGCUACUAACAGGGCACAGGUGCUUCCAGACUCACCGCAAACGCUUCCGUGUAAGCAAUAGCGACUCAUGCAUAUACUGCGAGGAAGGUGACACCGUCGAACAUACAUUCUUCACCUGUAUGAGAUGGCAUCAAAAAAGACAAGAAAUGGAAACGGUCACAGGUCAACUAACUCCAGACAACAUAAUAAACAAGAUGCUGGAGGAUGCACAAAUUUGGACUAAGAUAAGCUCCCUGGCCAAAUACGUAAUUGACACGAAGGAGAGAGACAUCAGGACUCUGGUCAUAGGCUUCUUCCUCACCUAUACGUCAGCUAUCCGAGUUCAAACAUCUUACGCGGCUUUCAAUAAAAACCAUAAUGCUCUUCAACAUAUUCAUUCACAACACAAUAUAAUUCAAACAAACGCUGCACACUAUUCAGUUCCAUCACACUUUCCUCACGUUCAUGCUGCUCCCCAGCAAUCUGCUCCGGUAUUUUCAUCUUCGCAUGGAGCUCCUAGACCGUAUCCUUCAAUUUCUUCCAGUCACAGGGUCCAAGCUUCCCAUGUUGCACCAGCUGUCUAUACUGCACCAGUAGUCCAUACUGCACAAACAGUGCUAGCUGCACCAGUCUUACAAGCCGUUCCAGAUGUCCAUUCUAUGCCUGUUUUCCAAAAUGUAUUUACAAAUCAAUACGAUGGGAUUCAAUCCAAGCAAUAUACUCCAUCGAUGGCUUCUCAUGCAGCUCCUGUUUUGAAAAAGGCUCAUCACGAAGAAGAAUACUCACAUCCAAAGUACCAAUUUGCUUAUGGCGUCGAAGACCACCACACUGGCAACAUCCACUCCCAUAACGAAUCCAGAGAUGGAGACUCCACGCAAGGAGAAUACUCCCUUCAUGAAGCUGACGGUACAAUCAGAACCGUCAAAUAUACAGUAGAAAAACAUGGCGGAUUCAACGCAAUUGUCGAAAGAUCGGGACAUCCACAUCAUCCACAAACGGUUGCACAUCAUUCUUAUCAAGUUCCCCACCACCAAUGAUCAAUUCACCAAUGUUGGGUGCCUAGUCUGUUAUAUUUUGUUUAUUGUUAUUGUAAAUAAUAAUUUUAUAUUUUAAUUAUU